GUCGCCUUCUGCUCUCUCGAGCCAUCAUGACAUCGCCUUUCAAGCUACUGCGCGUAGGCGUACCAGCACCAUCGCGCCUGGGCCACGCCUUCCCGCCUUUUGACAUCGCCUCAGCACGAGAGGCAGGCAAACUCCUCGACCUCAACCAUGAAAAAUACCAUUGCUUCUUCAACGAGUCCAACUUCCACAACCACUUCGCACACCAUAUCCUCGCCGCCCAUCAGCUAGGCGCUCGCCCCGCCGAGUAUCCUGCCAUCUUCGAGCACGCAAAGGAGAGCUUGAGCGACGAUUGGAAGCUGAACAAGAAGCCCACCCCCGGCCAAGGAGGUAUAGAGAGAAUCACAAAGGAGAAUUGGACCAAGCAUGUCGGAGAUAGGAAUCAUUAUUGGCCUUACCUGGAGUUCUUUGAUCACGAGACGAGAGAGCUAGGAAUGGGGGAGACGCUGCAGCGAUACGUGUUGAGCGAGGAGGCCAACAGGGGCGGAAAUCAGCUCCUGGGCCGCUUUGUGGGCGGGGCGAUCCAUCCACUCAUUCACUGCGGCUACGGCGCAGAGUUCAGUCUCCCUGGCGUCAUGGCUGAAGGUCUGGCCAUGGCUAUGAGCACCGGCCCGCGCUUCCACAAGCUCUUUCCUACAGGCUGGCAUGAUGAAAUUGGCGUCAGCGAGAGCUCGUCUGAGAACUCGACCGCAGCUCGCAUGGCGAAGCUCAAUACCGACUCCAAGAACAGCAACGGCACUUCGUCCACGUCUAUCGAAGGUCAGGAAAAUAUCGACAUGCUCCGCGCCUCAGACGGAGCCACGGCCUCCCAACCACGCUCAGGCCUAUCCGUAUUCUCCAUCUGCACCCUCGCCCACGCCGAUGCCCGCAUCGCCCCCGGCCAACUCGUUCGACACGACAUGAAGGACAAAUUCGAUGCCCUACUCUCAGGCGACGGCCCUGCGAUCCUCGAGUCGCACAUGUCCCGCUGGCACGUCACCGAGGCAGACGUGGCUGACCCAGACCCCGUGACCGGACGAGGAGGCUGGGCAGAGAAGUACGAGGAGCUUGCCUGGCUCAACACCCUCCUAUUGGGAGCGACGAGCAGACCGGGCAAGGAUGUGAGGCACGACUUUUUCCUCAUGCACUCGCACAACGCUACACUCUUCCUCCCGUCACUCCUACCUCUGCUCGAGCCGUGGGCGCGAUCCAAGUUGCUGCACGCGACUUGGCGAAUCACCUUUGCAAUGUGGAUUGCCCGAGGCCGUGCCCCCUUUGAGAUCAGCGAGACCCUGAACAGACACUCAGCCAAUCCCUUGGACCCGGGAAAGAAGAUCACCUUCGAGGAUGGGAAAGAGGGCAAGCCCCUCGCCCCGCUGAAGGAGCGCAACGCCUGGUACGACGUGGCGGAGGCGGCUGUCAACCACGGCGACGAGCAUGCGAUGAAGGCCUUGCGCGCUCAGAUGCACUUCGCUACGAGCUUUUCGUCGACGCAACCCGGGGAUAUCAAGCUUCAGCCUGAGGCGGAGGAGGCGGUAAAGAAGUCAAAGGAUGGUGGAGCCUUCCGUGGGCUUGAGCAGCUUGAUGGUAGUGCAUUUGCGCGUACUGCUGGGCAGCUGCUGGUCAGCCAGGGUUGGAGACAUGAUGGUGGAUUCCAUUACUAUAAAGAUGGGUUUCAUGGCAGCGCAGCGAAGUGCUGCCGCUCUGACCCGCCUGGCAUCGCAGGGCCCUUCGAGGAGGGCGCUGUCCACGCGAGGGCUUCGCUGCCCACGCUCAAUGAUGCUGACGUCAUGAAGCUUGCUGCGGCCCAGAAGGCCAGCUACUCGACCGCAUUUGCCAAGGAGAACGCAUCAGACAGGGAAACCAUCACCCGACUCUUGUACUCGCUCGCCUCCCGCAAAGAGGUCGAGCGAUACCUGCGCAUCUUUUCGGCUGCCAACAAGUUUGCUGUCCUCAAGGUCGGCGGCGCCAUCCUCACGCAGCAACUCGAUGAGCUCGCUCUCAGCCUCAGCUUCCUCCACCGUGUUGGUCUCUGUCCCAUUGUCCUCCACGGCGCUGGUCCUCAGCUCAACGAGAUCCUUGAAAAGGAAGGCGUUGAGCCUGACUAUAUCGACGGCAUCCGUAUCACAGACGCCAAGACGCUCCGCGUAGCUCGCAAGGUCUUCCUCGAGGAGAACCAACGCCUCGUCGAGAAGCUCGAGUCUCUUGGAUCUCGCGCUCGCCCCAUCCCUUUGGGCACCUUCACUGCCAGCUACCUUGACAAGGAGAAGUACGGCCUCGUCGGCAAAAUCGAGAAGGUCGACAAGGAGCCCAUCGAGAGCGCCAUCCGCAACGGCUGCCUGCCCAUCCUCACCUCCAUGGCAGAGACGGAGGACGGCCAGAUCCUGAAUGUCAAUGCAGACGUUGCUGCCAGCGAGCUGUCCAAAGUCCUCGAGCCCCUGAAGAUUGUCUACCUCAACGAGAAGGGCGGUCUCUACCACGGUAAGACGGGCGAGCUCAUGGAGCACAUCAACCUUGACGAGGAGUACGAAGACCUCAUGAAGCAGGAGUGGGUCAAGUAUGGCACUAAGCUCAAGCUCCGUGAGAUGAAGGAGCUUCUGGACCACUUGCCCCGCUCCUCGUCCGUGGCAAUCAUCUCCGUAGACCAGCUGCAGAAGGAGCUGUUCACCGACUCCGGUGCCGGUACUCUCCUGCGCCGAGGCUACAAGCUCUACCGCUCAGACAACAUCGAGCAAGCUGGCCCUGAGCGUCUGCGCACCCUUCUCCGCGACAAUGAUCAGGAGAUCAUCGAUGGCAGGAAGUCGGUCGCUCAAUUCUUCUCAGAGCUCUCCAAGCACCCCUACACAAUCUACGGCGACGACCCGAACGACGUCGCUGCUUUCGUGUCACGCCCAGAGGGCGAGGUGCCCAUCCUCGUCAAGCUUGUCGCGACGCGCAAUGGCCACCUCAAUGGUGUGACGGACAACGUCUUCAAUCAGAUCAAGAAGGACCACAAGCGUCUCGUAUGGACGGGCAGGGCUGAUGACGAGAACCGAGCGUGGCACUACGAGCGCUCCGAUGGUAGCUUCACGCGCAAUGGCCGUGCGCUCUUCUACUAUGGCAUCAACGAUGUCGGAGAAGUAGAGAGCACGCUGCGCAACCUCGAGGACAAGGGAAGGAUCGAAAGAGCUUACCUGCCACUGCACGCCAAGGCUGCGCCUGCUGGUGGAGCACGAGGAUUGCACACCUCUGCUCGCUCCAGGCCAGCGCUCAACGCUACCUCACCUGCCGGUCACCGCGGCUACGCUACCGCCAUUGAGCGCAGCGCUCCGCUCCCGGCCACGAACACCGAAAAGAAGCGCGUCGCCCUCAUCGGCGCACGUGGCUACACUGGUCAAGCGUUGGUCUCCAUCCUGGACAAGCACCCUCACCUCUCCCUCUCCCAUGUCUCUUCUCGUGAGCUAGCCGGACGCCCCUUGCCCGGCUACACCAAGUCAGAGGUGCUUUACUCGAACAUCGGCGUCGAGGACCUGCGAAAGCUCGAGGCAGGGCGAGGGGACUCAGCCCCACCUGAUGCCUACAUCAUGGCGCUGCCUAACGGUGUUUGCAAGCCCUUCGUUGAGGCCGUGCAGCAGGGCGGGGAGGGUAAGGUUGGCGGUCACGGGACGAUCGUUGACUUGAGCGCCGACUACAGGUUCGAGGAUGCGUGGACGUACGGGCUACCGGAAAUCUACUCCCGCCAAUCAGUACGCGACUCCAAGCUCAUCUCCAACCCUGGCUGCUACGCCACGUCCGUUCAAUCCCUCAUCGCUCCUCUCCUCCCCCACCUCGACCUCUCCCGCCCACCAACGGUAUUCGGCAUCUCCGGUUACUCAGGCGCCGGCACCACGACGGGGCAAAACAAGGUCGACUCGGACGGCAAGCCCAUCACCCUUCCGAAGGUCAGCCCAGAGAGUCUGCAGGGUGGCGUCCGACCGUACAGCCUGACGGACCACAUCCAUGAGCGCGAAUCCAUGCGCCACCUCUCCCGUCUUUACAAUGGAAAGGACGAGGGAGUAGAAGUGGCCUUCAUCCCCUCCGUCGCUCCCUGGUUCCAGGGAAUCCUCUCUACCCUAUCCGCCCCACUCUCGGCCAAGAUCACAGCAAAGGACCUCCGCAAGCUCUACGAAGACUUCUAUGCUGGUAACCCGCUCGUUCAGCUUACACCGCAAGUGCCCGAGAUCAAGGACGUGGCGCUUAAGCAUGGUAUCAGGAUCGGCGGAUUCCAGAUCCACUCGAGCGGGAAGAGGGCAGUCGUUGUGGCGGGCAUCGAUAAUCUGCUGAAGGGCGCCGCGACGCAGUGCGUUCAGAACCUCAAUGUUGCGCUGGGUUACGAUGAGUUGGCGGGUAUCGAUGUUGAGUAGGCGCGAAUGGUAUGGCGAAAAGAAAAGCAAGUACCAGUAGAGCAAGCAAUGCAGAGCAGAAUCAAUCGGAAUCGAAGACUCGUUGUGGUCGUCGUCGACGUCGUAGUCAUUAAAGAAUGCAAACCGUGCUCAUACGAACCAAAUAGAAUCGUCGCUGCAAUGUCCGCAACCCGUACUCCUUCCUGGCCCCGCCCAUUUACAUCUUCGUCAACGUAUCGAUAAACCUCGUCGCCAACUCCGUAACCAACGCGGGUCCAACAGCCGAGCUACUUCCCAAGCCAUACAGUUGUGCCAUUGACCCCUUCGGUCCCUUACUACUUCUCCCCGCCUC